AUGAAGGCGAGAUGUCCACCAUCCGCAAAGGCGGCGGCGGCCGCAUGGACGCACGUAUUCGCCCACCCGCCUACGCCUACCCGGGUGGUCACGGCAGGUACCUCCCGUCUACACGCCUUUUCAACCAUAACGACGAGGUCAUCGACUGCUUCAAUGAGUGACAGUGUCUCGAUGCAGAUGGACUCAUCACAGCUCGCAACACGACCUGAUGAAGCGCUCGUCACACCGCUGGAGCGACCACGUCAACGUCCUCCCUGGGCCCGCCUGAAUCUCGAAGACACGGUCCGAAUCUUUGCUCCGGGCGCAAGCACGUUUCCUUUCACCGAAGCAAAGUGUCUCGAGGAUACACUCGUCGGACUGGCUGCAUAUUGCCCGGGAAAGUAUGCAGCUCUGGCGUCGGAUCACGAACGGAUGCGGCCCAUCCUGAAAGCAUUCCUACGACGAAGCUCGCUCAGCGAGGCUGAUUGGGUGGCUAUACGAAACGCGAUGCUCUGCAAGAGCUGGCCCGAUGCGCGCAGAUAUAUGGUCAAUACCGACGAUUCAGCCUGGCCGCUCUACGUGCUGCGCCGCGCCGUGUUCAAGGUGGCGACGCCGUCCGAGGCAUCCGACGCUUUGGCGCUGCUAGCCUUGACCGUCCAACGCGUGGCGAGCUUCAGCACUGAUCUGCGGUGGGGAUCCUAUUCCUACCUGACUACCAGCUUCGCAACGAUAUCGUCGUUCUGCUUCAGCGGAGACGGCAGGGCUUUGCACCUAGUUCCGCGACUCGGGGACGUCCUCUCGACCAUGAUCAGCGCCUUUCCCAACGAGAUGCCCAAGCACAGAAGCUUUGUCUUCGAUUUCACACGACGAUGCACUCGGUUGGCAGACGAGAGGGCUCGAAGCGCCAUGAUUUGCGUCCUUGGAAGCUUGCAGGGCGAUGGACAGCCCACCAAAAAGAUCGCCGAUGUUCGCAACGAAGUGAUUCAGAUCGUCGUCGGCCGCAUCGAGAUCGCACUGACCAAGAGCGCGGGCAAGACAGCCGCGUCCGAGCAGUUCGCCAAUACGGAGCUCAUGGACCUCCUCACCGAGCAGCAUGUGCCGCAACACUCUCUGCUCGAAAUGCGCGCCCUGCUGAGUGCCGUCGCCGUUGCCGGGAGGAACCGCGACUAUCGACGCAUCCGACACUACUUUGACCGCCUGGAGCAGUGCAAGCAAGAGCUCGACAUUCGGAUGGCUGCGACCGACUACCUCGAGCUGGCCAAGUCGCUGGUGCGGACCGCGCAGGGGUCACACGAUGCCAUGGAAGCAUUGCAGCAGGCUGAGAGGCUUCUAGCCGCUGAAUACGAAGAUGCCGAUAUGGAGGCACUACCCGAACACGCCAAGAGAAGGCUCAACCACGUCUGCCUUGAUAUGCUCCAAGUCAUGGCCAAGACGCCAGAGGUGCAUCUGCAAGAGGCCCUCUCAUUACUGGGAAUAUUCGUGCGCGGAUCUCGUGCUGAUAUAGAGGGUGAACGGAGCGAGACGCAUCCUCUCAUGUCGCAAGCAUUCAAGCAGCUCCGCGGCGACGUCUACGCGUACACCAUGAUGAUGCAAGGUUGCCUCUUGCGCGGACGCCCAGACGUGGCAUGCGCUGUUUGGCAAGCGAUGCUGGACCGCAACGUCUUGCCAACCACGGCAUGCCUGUCGGUGCUGUUGCAGAACCUGUUCCGACAUCAGGAGGUCGCCGAGGCGCUGCGACAGCUGGCGCUCUGGACCGACGUAGGCAUAACUCAGCAUGCAGCCCGACCCCAGACGAGGCAGGAUAUAGAGCUGGAAUCGCUUGAAGCACCGGCGUUUGUGCUGCCCUUCUCUCAGCCCCAAGCAUCUCUGAGCGAGACGGACGAGGUGACGGACAGGUACAAGCUGGAAGCCGAUCCAAUUCUGGCGUCGGUGGUAUUUAGCGGACUGCACUCUUGCGGCGCUGCGGGCACCGAGAGCCUUUGGGACGCAUACCGACAGACGGUGAGGCUGUUCCCGGAUGCGCCGGUGCUGGCGCUCUUCCUCAAGGCUGCCUGUGGCACCCAAGCCACGUCGAGCCAGGGUGCAAGCUUUGGACGCCAGGUGUUCCGCUCGAUGCUGUUCGGAAAGCACCCUGAGCUGGUCGACUUCCGCGCACCUCUGCAGGAGCAGCUACAAGCGCAAGGGGCAGCAGGCUGGAUCCUGUCGCACGACGCGGUGGGUGCCAAGAUGGAGCAGUGGUUCUCAUCUGCGUUUGGCGUCAAGCAAAGCAGCACUGCGGUGAGCCCGGACGACUUGGGCGCGCUCGUGUUCACCAGCAAGCUGUUCGAGCACUACCUGCGCCUCCUGCUCGCGAUGCAGCAUCUUCCCGGCCACGUCUCCGACGCGCGGCUGUUGCGUCAAGAGCUCAUCGAUGUGCUAGCAUGGAUGCGACAGCUGCAGCUCAAACCGUCCGAGACGCACGUGGCGCUCACCGUGCUCGAGAUUGAAGAGCGUCUUCCCCCGCCGAUCGCCGCACGUCAUAUGGAGGUGCUCGAUGCCUGGCUGGCCGACUGGCUGGGCGAAGCCAAGCUGCCGUCCGAGGAGCUCAUGCGGCGCGUCUGGCACUGGAAAAUGGAACGAAACGGCCAGGCGCGCGGCUGGUUCGACCGCAUCCCGGGUCCUUGGGACGAAGCGCCUCUGGAAGAAUGA